AAUUAUGUUUCAUUUUGCUAAAACAAAGGAUUUGUGCAUUUUCAUGAGAGUUCGCCCACUAGUUUGCGUCCAGGGGGUUUCAUUUCCUCAAACAUCAAACAUCACCGACACUGCCCACAUCGCCCACACUGCCCACAUCACCCACACUGCGUCUUGUUAUAUUGCAGUAAAGAAACACAAGACUAUUUUAUCAUCACAGUUUAACUCGCAAAUAGUUUAAUGACUUUUUGUUUGAGUACCAAAAGUUUAUGAAAUAAUACCACUAAUUAGUAUUCUUCAUGCAUUUUGAUUUUCAACUUUCGGUUUCCAAAUUCCUAUCUAACACAGAUGGAUUCACUUUCACCGUUGUCAUAAAUCUGGUGGUGAGUUACUUGGUCUUAACCUUAUCAGUCCAAACUUACUUUCUGAUGAACAGAAACUGUAUUUUAACAAGAACAAUAUCCAGAAUUGCUGGGUUAUCGAGGGUGCCAGAUCACUGCGGGAUGAUAAACACAAUUCUAAUUGGUUAUCUGAAGAGAAAGGGGUGGGCCAUUCCUUAUCGAGGCUUAUAUCCAAUGUUUGCUUUUCUUUCUUUCGCGUCCAUUACGCUCUCAUCCUGUGAUAUAGCCGUGAAUAUAUUCUUGACAUAUUAAAGUGUCACUGUUUAGUUAGACGUUAGCAUGUUGUAAAUCUUUGUUUGAUUUUUAGAUUUCUACGUUUUUCAUAGUUUGGAGUGCAAAUAUUGAGCGAUUGGAGUCCGUAUCCGCUAUAUUUGUUAUGAACUUUAAUUACGGUUUGUUACCUCCCGUCUAAUGGAACCUGUCAAUGUACAGUUAGCUCCCUUGAUGCCGGAUGGUCUUUAUGAUAUUCACGGGGGUUACAACUACACCCCUUCUCUUUGGGGACACACUGGUAGGGAGGAGAGGACAUACAGCUCUUUACAUACUGACACCUCGUCCAAUCGAAGUGAAAAUACCACACGGGCCGAAAGCAAGAAACAUUCUGCAGAAAACACGGGAUCCUCCGCCGAAAAUGCAGAAUGGUCACUAGAAACAAAGAAAGAACAGACCGAAAACACGAAGUCUGAUAGCACCCAGAAACAGUCGCAAGUGGCAUGCACUCUUAAAUGGUUGUCUGAGAACUACGAGAGGGCGGAGGGGGUGUGUCUCCCUAGAUGUGUUCUGUACACACAUUACCUGGACUUCUGUAAGAAGAUGAAAUAUACACCUGCGGGGGCAGCCACAUUCGGAAAGAUCAUUCGGCAAAAGUUUUCUAAGAUAACCACAAGGCGCCUAGGUACUAGGGGACAAUCAAAGUACCACUACUACGGUAUUGGAAUUAAAGAGACGUCUAUCUACUACCAUUCCGUAUACUCAGGAAAAGGUCUAACGAGAUUUUCCGGAAUCAAGAUAAAGACUGAGGGAUCCAAUAGAAAAUUUUCGCUAAGUUCGAAGACGGGAACUCUAUUACCAGAAUUUCCAAAUGCCGAAAACCUAAUAUUACCAGAAAAUGUAGAACGAGAAAAGAUGCAGACGUUCAUAAUGAUGUAUCGGACGCACUGUCAACGGAUACUGGACACCAUUAUAAGCGCUAAUUUUGACGAGAUCCAGAACUUUUUGUUACACUUCUGGCAGGGCAUGCCCGAGCACCUGCUCGGUCUUCUGAGCCUCGAUAUGGUAGCAGACAUUGUUGGCCUAUGUGACUCAAUUCUUUACAAGGUUGUGGUAGAUGUCUUAAUUCCAUCUACUAUCCAGGAUCUCCCUGACAGCCUUGGCUCAGAGAUUAAAGUGUUUAUUCGGAAACUUAUACACUGGUUAAUAAGUUCUCUUGAGGAUGUUCCAAAAAAGCUAACAGACAAGAAAAUAGAAGUUGCCAAACAUUUCAUUCACAGUAUUAAACGCCAAAUGUCGUUUGUACAUUUAGCACAAACAGCUAGAAGCGUCCUUCAUAACCAGGAAUCUCUGAACGGAAUGUUGGAGGAUGUUGCAAACAUUGACCUCCAUGAGAUCUGCUGUCAGGCAGGGUUUACGACUCCUAAAUCAACCAACAGUCUCAAGGAAGUUAUCAAUGACUGUUUUGACGAAUUUCAAAAUCUGCUGACGAAGCAGGCGCCUAUUGAGGGUUACACGGAAUGGCUCGAUAAUAUUAUUGAUAAAUGUGUCCUACAGCCCUUAAAAGAUAAAGAUAAGUCGUUCAAAGAAACGGCGUCUCAGUUUCUUUUACAUUGGGAAAUCAUUGGCUCUCUUUUAAUGAGGGAUUUGACACUCCAUAAUGCAACUAGUUUUGGGGCAUUUCACCUCAUACAUAUGAUGUUCGACGAGUAUGUUUUCCUGGUUAUGGAAACUCAACACGAUCUGGUCACAGACAAGACGCUUCAAAAGUCAGUGCAGAAAUAUAUGAAAUGUGCAGAGGAAAUAAAAACUCAAGCGAAGGUACGGGUGCCGUCUUCCAAACAUCUAGUGUCACCAAAAGGACGAAAGAGGAAAACUGAGGAGGGAUCCUUCGAUAGUAAUGAUGAGGGUGACAAUGGAGGAGGAAUUGAUGAGAACAGACCAGGUGCUGUCGAUUCUUAUUCCAUAAUGAAUGCAACAGCCUUCACGCGACCUCCGCCAUCCAUCCACAGAGACCCCUGUACAUUAACCUUUACAGAGGAAUCCUGUCGAUCAGGGAUUAGCCACCCUUCCUUGCCAUUAUCUCCCUUAAAACCCUACCCUUCAUUUAAUGGAAGUGCUUAUGAACGUCCAACAUACAUACCUCAGUAUGGGUAUAGCGAUAUUAUGAACACAAAUAAUACGUUUACCACUCCAAGAGUUCAGCCUUAUGGCGAAACACAUAUCAAUUCUUUUCCCACUGUACCUUUCACCGGAAGUGUUCCGCAGGCGACAACAUCCUACUGGGCUGACAGUCGAACACAUCCCUCAUUUCACGACACAUAUAACCCAUACAGUUACAAUAAGUUUCAUUCUUCUUAUGACAGUUAUAACAAAAGUUCAUUCCUAAGAGGUCCGACCUAUCAAGACACUAUCAACAGGUCUGCAUUUGAAAAUUCUAGGAAUUAUUACAGAAGUUCGCAUGACAAUUUCCAAGUGGGAAGCCAUCUCCCUAUCGGAAGUUUAAAUGGUCCAUACAUGGAUAUUGCGCAGUCGCAGUCACAAUACCCACAACGCCAAGACUCUGCCAUGUUCUUCCAAGACGAUCUAUAUGCAAAUCCGAUGCCUCCCUCUUUUUCUACUAUUGGAAAACCUUACUUUGCGGCUGCUUUUCGAUAGAAUUGUAUUCAAAUAUUGUUUUUGUGAUGUAAUUUGUUUUAUAAAACCUGAACAAAUGCAA